AAAUUCAGAGGAAAAAAAAAUGCUUUCCCACAUUUCCCACACCUCUUCUCUCACCGCCUUCUCCCUCCGCCCCUCUCUCACAUAGAGAUUCCGCCUCCUCCCUUUUAAUUAUCGGAAGUUCCGCUUCUCCUCCACCGCCUCAAUGGACGGAACUUUUCCCCCUGCCUCCGUCGACUCCAUUUCCGAAGAUUUGAAAAAUCAAAGAUUGGAAAAAGACAAUCAUGUUUCCGACGGCAUUAGAAAUUCUGCGAAUUCCGAUAUUAUCGCUCCAAAUAGGGCUAAUUUGAAGCUGGAGGAACUCAAGUGAGACAACUCAUUUGUUCGUGAACUGCCUGGAGAUCCCAGGACCGAUUCGAUUCCGCGAGAGGUUUUGCAUUCUUGUUACACAAGAGUAUCACCAUCUGCUGAGGUGGAUAAUCCUCAGCUUGUCGCAUGGUCUGAUUCAGUUGCAGAGUUACUUGAUUUGGAUGCAAGAGAAUUUGAACGGCCUGAUUUCCCUCAAAUAUUUUCUGGGGCAUCGCCUUUAUCUGGAGGGAUGUCUUAUGCUCAGUGCUACGGAGGACAUCAGUUUGGCAUUUGGGCUGGCCAGUUGGGCGAUGGUAGGGCAAUUACGCUGGGAGAACUUGUUAAUUCCAGUGGUCACAGGUGGGAAUUGCAGCUUAAGGGUGCUGGGAAGACACCAUACAGUCGAUUUGCUGAUGGCCUUGCAGUUCUACGCAGUAGUAUCCGAGAGUUUCUCUGCAGUGAGGCAUGCACUUUCUAGGAAUCCCAACAACGCGCGCACUAUGCCUAGUGACUACUGGAAAAUAUGUUACCAGCGACAUGUUUUAUGAUGGAAACCCAAAAGAUGAACCUGGUGCAAUUGUUUGCCGAGUUGCUCCAUCCUUUCUUCUUUUUGGUUCAUACCAAAUCCAUGCUUCAAGAGGAAAGGAGGAUCUUGGCCUUGUUCGCACUUUGGCUGACUAUACCAUUAGGCAUCACUUUCCCCAUUUAGAGAACCUCAGUAAAAGCGGCAGUUUAUCUUUCAGUACUGGUGAAGGAGAUGAUUCAGUGGUUGAUUUAACUUCUAACAAAUAUGCUGGGUAAACAUCAACAUAAAUAGGUAAACAAAAGGGUCAGACUAUUAUCAAAGAGCCUGAGCCUGAGCCCGGCAUACUAAGCUGGAGGACGAUAGAGAGGUGAGUUUAGUGGGUGGAAUUGAGCCGAGAGGUGCUGCUACGGUGAAAGACGAUGGGAGGAGAGAGAUUUCGAGCUAACAUAUGCUUUGGGCUAACUAACAGUCAAACAAGAACGUCCCAAUCUAAUUUUCUUUUCUUUUCUUUUCUGUUUGCAUGUUAAACUAUUGAUAUAUCUCUGCACCUUAUAGGAUAAUUCAGGAGGCAUAAACCGAGAAUCACUUAUCAAAAAAGAAAGUUGCGAUAUACUCUAAAAAGAAUGAUGAUACAAGGUAACUGCUACACAUGUAUAUUCAGAAUGCAAAACGCUGAUAUGAACAAAAUUUUUUUUUACUCCAAGUAACGAGAUUAGUACUUGGUGAUGCACAACCUUAAUAGACAAGCAAAAGCCACUUCUUUCAGUAGGUACUCCUCCUCAGCCUAAAUCCUAAACAAAACAAAAAAUUGUUGUCAACCCCUAGAAAAAAGCCCAAUUUCUUGGCAAAAAAAACUUGAUUGAAAUUUAAAAAAACCAAAAUUUUUUAUACCUGAUCGUCAUCCAGUGUAAUCGCAUCUGAUGCUAAGAGCCACCGCAAGCUCGUAGAUGUCAUGAUUGCUGGUAUCUGCAACUAUUUUAUCAAGAUUUGCCCUUUCUUGGUUAAGACGUUGAAGUUGGGCCUCUGUUGUGAGGUGAAUUGUUUUAGAAGAUAUAUCCUUUCUCAGAGAUGUCUGCUGCUUUCCAAUUGUCUUUUUCCUCUCCUUAUUCCUCUUGAGUCUAGCUUCAGUUUGCUGCAGAUUAUGCUUGACAGCAGCCAGUUCGACCUUCAAAUCGUUAACUUAUUCGGUAUCAUUCUCGAUGAGUUGAUCAACUUUAGCUAAUUCUUCGUAGAGAAUAGUCAGGCUGUCUAACUCGACAGCCAUGGCAGAACAGAGAGAAGAGAUUGAUGAGAUUGAAGAGAGACAGAGAGAAGAGAUUGAUGAGAUUGAAGAGAGACCGAGAGAAGAGAUUGAUGAGAUUGAAGAGAGACAGACAACCUGACUAUUCUCAUCAAUCUCUUCUCUCUGUUCUGCCAUGGCUGUCGAGUUAGGCAGCCUGACUAUUCUCUACGAAGAAUUAGCUAAAGUUGAUCAACUCAUCGAGAAUGAUACCGAAGAAGUCAACGAUUUGAAGGGCGAACUGGCUGCUGUCAAGCAUAAUCUGCAGCAAAUUGAAGCUAGACUCAAGAGGAAUAAGGAGAGGAAAAAGGCAAUUGGAAAGCAGCAGACAUCUCUGAGAAAGGAUAUGUCUUCUAAAACAAUUCACCUCACAACAGAGGCCCAGCUUCAACGUCUUAACCAAGAAAGGGCCAAUCUUGAUAAAAUAGUUGCAGAUACCAGCAAUCAUGACAUAUACGAGCUUGCGGUGGCUCUUAGCAUCAGAAACGAUUACACUGGAUGACGAUUAGGUAUAAAAAAUUUUGGUUUUUUUAAAUUUCAAUCAAGUUUUUUUUGCCAAGAAAUUGGGCUUUUUUCUAGGGUUUGACAACAAUUUUUUGUUUUGUUUAGGAUUUAGGCUGAGGAGGAGGAGUACCUACGGAAAGAAGUAGUUUUUGCUUGUCUAUUAAGGUUGUGCAUCACCAAGUACUAAUCUCGUUACUUGGAGUAAAAUUUUUUUUUGUUCAUAUCAGCUUUUUUCAUUCUGAAUAUACAUGUGUAGCAGUUACCUUGUAUCAUCAUUCUUUUUAGAGUAUAUUCGUUUUAUGCCUCCUGAAUUAUCCUAUAAAGUGCAGAGAUAUAUCAAUAGUUUAACAUGCAAACAGAAAAGAAAAUUAGAUUGGGACGUUCUUGUUUGACUGUUAGUUGCUUGACAGCCCUUCAAAUCGUUGACUUCUUCGGUAUCAUUCUCGAUGAGUUGAUCAACUUUAGCUAAUUCUUCGUAGAGAAUAGUCAGGCUGUCUAACUCGACAGCCAUGACAGAACAGAGAGAAGAGAUUGAUGAGAUUGAAGAGAGACAGUGAGAAGAGAUUGAAGAGAGACAGAGAGAAGAGAUUGAUGAGAUUGAAGAGAGACAGACAACCUGACUAUUCUCAUCAAUCUCUUCUCUCUGUUCUGCCAUGGCUGUCGAGUUAGACAGCCUGACUAUUCUCUACGAAGAAUUAGCUAAUGUUGAUCAACUCAUCGAGAAUGAUACCGAAGAAGUCAACGAUUUGAAGGGCGAACUGGCUGCUGUCAAGCAUAAUUUGCAGCAAAUUGAAGCUAGACUCAAGAGGAAUAAGGAGAGGAAAAAGGCAAUUGGAAAGCAGCAGACAUCUCUGAGAAAGGAUAUGUCUUCUAAAACAAUUCACCUCACAACAGAGGCCCAGCUUCAACGUCUUAACCAAGAAAGGGCCAAUCUUGAUAAAAUAGUUGCAGAUACCAGCAAUCAUGACAUAUACGAGCUUGCGGUGGCUCUUAGCAUCAGAAGCGAUUACACUGGAUGACGAUCAGGAUUUAGGCUGAGGAUGAGGAGUACCUACGGAAAGAAGUAGCUUUUGCUUGUCUAUUAAGGUUGUGCAUCACCAAAUUAGGCUAAUCCAUGCAUAUAUGAGUCUCGAGCCAAAUAUAGGGUUGAGGAUGGCGAAAGUGCAAAGGAGGCGCCUCGAAGAUGACUACACGGGUGAUCGAAUAAGCAUGCUUCCAGAUGAUAUAUUAGUGUUAAUAUUAUCUUCCUUGACCUUGAAAGAAGCUGCAAGGACUAGCACACUUUGCUCUCGAUGGAGUGAACGGAUCGAUGAUUGGCUUAGCUACGCUGUUAGUAGAAAGGUCGAGAGCAUUGAAUUGACCUGGAAGGCCAAUUUACCAAGAAAUUGUUACCCUUUCCCAUACAAACAAGGCAACUUCCCCGACAAUCUUAAGCUGCUGAAGAAGCUGAGUUUUAGUUAUGUGAAUGUGAGCUGUGAGGCCGUGGCGUUUUUGUUGGGGUACUGUCGUCUCCUCGAGCAACUGUCCCUAUGUGGAAUCCCGCUUUCGUCUCUGGUGGUUAUUCGGACCUCGCUCGUGUUCAAAUGCCUAGAAAUCAGCCGGUGCAGUGCUCUCAACUCAGUUGUGGUCCGUGAAUCGAAGGUUGUCUGCAUCAAGUACAAUGGUGCGGGUAAACCGCAUUGUCGUUUCGAGCUCGUCGAUGUUCCCCUCCUUACCGAGCUCUGGAUUCAGGCGAAUGCUCAUCAACAAUAUAUUUCUGCACUCGCAGACAUUUUAAGCAUGUUUGAUUCUGUGCUUCCACAACUACACACACUCAAGAUAUAUGCUAUGUCCAAUUAUACCCGCAGGAACACUUGGUCGGAUGUUAAGAUAAUGCCUAAUCUUAAGGAGUUGGGGGUGGUUCUUGGGAGUGAUUACAGGGACAAUCAUCCUCUUUUGCCAAUAAUACAUUGGUUUAGUGUAGCACCUUGCUUGCAGAGAUUUGUGAUAGAGGCGUCACACCAAGAGAUGACCCAAGUAGACAAGAAGGAGUUGAUAUAUGCUCCAAAAUGGUAUUCUCAGUAUUGCUUGUGUAAAGGUAGGAGGGAUUAUUCUCCCAUCAAGGAAGUAGUGUUUGUUGGAUAUCGUGGUGUGUGUAAUCAUUUUGAAAUGAUUGAACGAUUGGUGACAUACAGUCUUGCGCUAGAGAAGAUAAUUGUGGAUCCACGAUCUUUCUUGCUUUGCAAGAAUAUACGGUGGGAUUACAUUUCUCGAAACCAAAUUUGCAAGGAAUCGAGCAAAUGAACAAUUCAAAUUCUAUGCUACUUCAAGAAUAAAUGUCAACAUUCUUUAGACUAGUGUUCGUGAAUUUCAUAUUUUUUGAGAUACUAAAAAAAUAUAUUAAAUUAUAAACUUUGCAGUUGUUUUUCAUGA